AUGGCACAUCUGACUCGCCGCCUCUUCACCACCUCUGCCCACGCUCACUCCAACUCCGCAUCCGAGGCCUGUGCCGAACUACUCUCACGCUUCUCCAACACCCCCGUGAGCAGCCGCUCCCAAAUCCUCGACGCCAACCAACUGCACCUGCUCUCAAUAACCCUCAACCGUACUCCAACAUCCUACCACCUUCCAAAAAAUGGCACGCCAAUCCCACCAGGACAUCAUCUGGUUUACUUCACGCCCUCUAUAAUCGAAGCCGAAUUAGGCUUAGACGGCACUGACCGCACCGUGAAUCCCUUAUCGCCAUACACCCGCCGCAUGUGGGCAGGCGGUGAACUCAACUGGACGCAAGACGCCUCCUCCCUCCUCCGCGUCGGGCAGGAAGUGCACGAAACCACCGAGUUAAUCAGCGCGGAGCCCAAGAAGCUAAAAUCUGGCGGAGACAUGCUCGUCGUGGGCGUGUCCAAGACGUUUUCAAACAGCCAUGGCGUAGCGCUGGUAGAUAAGCGCAGCUGGGUUUUCCAGCGCGAAAUCACACCGGACAGUCUUAUCAAAGCGGCUCCUAAGCCGGAGGAGAAAGCGCUGCCGGAAGGGCAGUAUCAGAAGGAUUUUUGCCAGACGGAUACGACGCUGUUUAGGUUCUCGGCGCUGACGUUCAAUGGACACAAGAUUCACUAUUCGCCGGAGUGGUGUCGGGAGGUCGAGGGGCAUCGGAAUGCGGUGGUACAUGGGCCGCUAAAUUUGAUUAAUAUGCUGGACUUUUGGCGGGAUACGGCGAGGUGUGGAGAGCAAGAGGCGGUGCCGAAGAGUAUUGCGUAUAGAGCUAUGAGUCCGCUGUAUGUUGGUGAGCCGUAUCGGAUCUUACUCGAGAAGUCUGAGGACAAAGGGCAGGGGUGGAAAGCAGGAAUUUGGGAUAGUUUCGGGAGGCAGAGUAUGAAGGGGAGUAUCGUGGAGUAGCUGUGCAUUAUUCUUCCGCUCAAACGUUGAGGUUGGUAUAGUCUAUAUGGUGCCGUAUUUAUAUCCCGCUGCAAAUGCAAUGCCAUAAUUCAUAUCAGUCCGUACAGUCAUUGU